GACACCCUGCAGAGCCUCUUUAACGCAUCCAGUAGAAAUGACAAACCAGAGGCGCUCCACGGGCCAGCAUGUCAAAUAAUAACAAUAAUCAUGGGCUUUAGACACAGCAUCUCGUCUGAGACUCACACCCUCAGACAAUAACUGAGCAUCUUUGGGACGUUUUUUGAGGGUCUGUGGACGCCCUCGAAGUUGGAGUUGGGUCGCCAAAUGGAUGUCGGAAUGAAACCUCCACUUAUAUCGGACUGAAACAAGGAGGGAAAGAAAACCUGCAUGUUCAAGUUUCCUGCUCCAACCAGAGGGGCAUCGCUGCGUGCGUGUUGGAUGUGUGUGUGGAAGUGUGUGCUGGCUGCGUGUGUGUGCGCAGCGGCGGUGGUCUUGGUGGUGGCCGCGGGAAGGGAAGUUUAGCAGCGUGAUUUGUCUUGUUUCCCUCUCUUCUGUUGCGUUGUUCUCCAUGUCACACCAGGGGACAGGCGGAUUAACGUUUCCCUGAUGAGAAUUAAUCAUCUGUGCAGAGGCUCUGUGAUCGUGACUGUGAUGAUGAUGUCGAGUAAGAGCGUGGAGUGGCUGCAGGAGGAGCUGGAGUCCGGGGCCAGCUCCCUGCUGCUGCUGGACUGCAGACCCCAUGAGCUGUACGAGUCCUCGCACAUAGAGUCGGCCAUCAACCUGGCCAUCCCGGGCCUCAUGCUGCGGAGGCUGAAGAAGGGCAACCUCCCCAUCCGCUCCAUCAUCCCCAACAACGAGGACAAGGAGAAAUUUGUGAAGCGGUGCAAGACGGACGUGGUGGUUCUGUACGACGAGGCGACCCCGGAGCGGCAGGAGUCCGGGCUGGGAAGCUCCGUGCUGGGGCUGCUGCUGCAGAAACUGCGGGACGACGGGUGCAAGGCUUUCUACCUGGAGGGGGGCUUCAACAAGUUCCAGUCGGAGUACCCCGAGCACUGCGAGACCAAUUUGGACUGCUCCUGUCCCAGCAGCUCCCCCCCAGCCUCCGUCCUCGGCCUCGGGGGUCUGCGCAUCAGCUCCGACUGCUCUGAUGGAGAGUCAGACCGCGAGCCGGGCAGCGCCACAGAGUCAGAGGGCAGCCCGCUCCCCAGCAACCAGACAGCGUUUCCCGUCCAGAUUCUGCCGUACCUCUUCCUGGGCUGUGCCAAAGACUCCACCAACCUGGAUGUGCUCAGCAAGUACAACAUCAAGUACAUCCUCAACGUGACGCCCAACCUGCCCAACAUGUUCGAACAUGAAGGCGACUUCAAGUACAAACAGAUCCCCAUCUCCGAUCACUGGAGCCAGAACCUCUCUCAGUUUUUCCCCGAGGCCAUUUCAUUCAUUGACGAGGCUCGCUCGAAGAAGUGCGGCAUCCUGGUGCACUGUCUGGCGGGGAUCAGCCGCUCGGUGACCGUCACGGUGGCCUACCUGAUGCAGAAGCUCAACCUGUCGCUCAACGACGCGUACGACUUUGUGAAGCGGAAAAAGUCGAACAUUUCCCCAAACUUCAACUUCAUGGGCCAGCUGCUGGACUUUGAGCGGACGCUGGGCCUCAACAGUCCCUGUGACAACCACUCCACCUCCCCGACGCACGAGCAGCUCUUUUUCACCACCCCAACCAAUCACAAUGUGUUUCAACUGGACACGCUGGAGUCCACAUGAGGAUCAGACGAGGGGGGAACUGUCCCUUUCUUCGACAGGUUAAAGGUGGUGUUGUUACCAUGGUAACAAGCGGCUGCACUGGAGGGAGCAGCCAGUUUGAAUUAAUGUUUUAGCCUCCGAGGGCUUGUUGUCUGCAAGCCUGGCCACGGAGCAGCGUCUGAGGGGCAGGAGAGGUCACAGGUGGCACGUUAAAAAGGAGAUAGGGUGCUUUUUGACCCGGAGAGAUAACUGACAGCUGGGUUAAGGAUGGCAUCCUCCUCAGGAGAUGAUUGAAAUUGAGGGAGGAAGAGCUACGAUCAACUUGUCUUGUCACAAAGAACCGAGGAGCACUUAACUGACUGAGAAACUGAGCGAAGGACGCGGCAGGACAGACAGCUUCAUACAAAGACUUAUGAGACAACAAACAUCCACUCUGUCUUUCUGUCUCGGCUCUCGAGUCGAGCUGACUGGUGCCAAGUGGAGAAUCUGGGAUUAUCUUGUAGGAAAUCUCACUCUACUGAAUGUGGAGUUUUACAAACCAAGGAAUUAACACACACACACACCUAAACAAAGUAUGUAUGUUUGUACUGUAUGUAUGGUAACGUACAUAAAUGUAUGGGCAGUCCUUAACAAAUUCUUUAUGCAUUUUUGUAUAUUUUUGUGUACAUCUACGCACAAAUCUAUACCUUAUAUAAAUAUAUAUACAUAUAGAAAUCUUACCUAUCCAAUCCAGAUGGCUUAGGAGAUUGUAAAACUAAAGAAGGGGAGUGGGUGUGAAGAUGCCAGCAAAGAGGAACGUUGAGGUGAUAUUCCGAGUUGUCUUUUUUUCUUUUUCAAGUUUUCCUUCUCUUAUAGUUUGUUAUGACCUAAUGCAGUUUGCACAGUGGUGAAGCCAUUGACUUGUUGGCACUUGAAGCCGGUGCUGAAAGCCGGCAGAUAAAGAGACAUUCAGAGAGGAGAGGCCAGUCCCAGGCUGCGACAUGUCCCGACAGCUGCACAGAGGACGAGGUUCAGGGGUCAGAGGGUUGGGUUAGGGGCAAAGACGGGCAUUGGGUAGGAUGAGGGCAUGUAGGGUGGGCGUGGGUAAAGACACUGUAAGUUCCCUGUUCCUACUUUGUUUCCCCGUAUGACUUUUCAUCCAGUUGCCUUACAAGACGUUGUUUCCACCAACUGUUUUGACUAAUAAGGCUGUUUCAUUUCAGUUAGAAACUAAACUCCUGAACUUCCUGUUAUUUCAUCACAACAUAUUGUCUGACUAGUAAAUGUUGCCAAACUGGUUUCUCACAACUCUGACGUCUAUGAAGGAUUCAUAGUUAACAUUUCUAAAGAACUUUUUGGGCAGCUUAUCUUAGCAAACCUUUGUCGAAGGAAGUGAGUCAGCCCUCUCGUAUUACUCCUCUUUUCCUGGGAGGAAGUUGUCCUAUCUUUUUUAGGAUGUUGGUACGGGUUCACUAAGUUUAAGACCCUGUCUCUGUGUUGGGAUUAUGGUGUUGUGGAUUGGGACUGGCCUCAGCUACAGACUGCACUUAUAUACUUCAAUAGCUUCACGUCCCUUAACUGCAUUGGAGAAAACAGAAGAAAGUUAUUUUCGUCAAAAAACGGUUUGUCUGAGUUGAUUCACCCUUAAGCCUUGGGUAAAUGAAAGAAAUAUUAAAGCCACAUUGAUAUAAAUAUAUAUAUUCUAGAGCUAAUAGUAAACAGAUCUACAUUAUUUUGUAUACCUGAGCAUGCUGUGGUACUGUAUGCUCUCUAACAGUUUACGUAGCCACGGGUUGGAUGUUGCUUUACAAGACGGGACGAUGAAUGAUGAGGACCGUUUUUUUAAACUGCUGUUGCUGCUGAACACAGCGGUAAACAGCAGCGGGUUAAAGAGUUUUCUCAGAUCCUGUCCACAUCAGAAGCACCUUAACAAGAAAGACACCAAACAUUUGAGCAAACGCUGCAGCACUUAGACCUAUGGAAAUUGCUGCGGGUACAUUGGGCGUCAUACAAGAAUAUCUUUGUAUAUUCUUAAACCUAAAUCAUUCCAUAGAGUAUAGGUUUAAAAAUUGCUUUAUAAGGCAACCUGGUUUGCUUUUUAUGGGAAUGUUUUAUUCACAAAAAAAAUCAACGUAACACAUUACAUUAGACUAAGCAGUAGUCUUAUACUGUAAAUGCAUUUGGGAAACAAUAGAAAUAGGACACGGUUGUCUUUGUGGUCUAUUGUAAAGCAGGAACGAUUAGAUAUGAAAUCAGAUGCUAAAAAACAUCAUGAUACUGUCAUCACAGCUUCUUUUAGUUUUGAGGAAGUUUCAUUCAACUAAAGGUCCUCCUCUGGUCUGUUGGUCUGAGACAGACAUGUAGUUGGUUGAAACAUAGCUAAUAAAACUAAAAGGAGAAUGUGACAAUUUCUUGCAUAGCGCCCACGGUUAUAGCAAACUACAGGUUUGGUUAAAGAGCGAGGAUGUGGACGGGCUCUAAACUGAGACAAAGAACUGGGUUACAGAGGGGACAGCAGUUGAAUCUGAACAGGGUUGGUUUGAGCUGGCCUUAUAUAAUCUUUCUAACUUGUUUCUAAUGCUGACUGUUAAAUACUUUGUAUCUCAGUUUAAAAAAACAUUGUGUACAAAGAAAAAUGAAACGUUUGUUCAUCUAUUAUUCGAAUCAGAACAUAGUAAAAAAGACAGAGAGCUGUCUUUUUUUUACCAGAACGGGUCACACAAGGUUUAUUACUCUGCAAUAUAUCAAAACAACUUUUUGCAGUAUUUUGUAGAUCCAAAACCGCAACAUUUUUUAAAUCUUCUUCUUUUGUACUAUAUCUAUUCUAUUAUACAAGAUCCAGCUCUAUAUGGCUUGUGGACUGAAGUUACAUUUCACCUGGGGUGUCCAAAAUGUAGGGCCCACGUGCCCAUUCCCAACCUCAAAGAGGCCCUCGCUAACACACA